GACAUCCGGGUCACAUCAAAGGUUGCCGCGGUCGCCAUGUUGCUGAAUGAAAUUAGCUCCAAAACAUUGACUAGCCGCUAGCAAUAUCGAUAUUUUAUUUUUCUGCGUAAUAACAUUUGUUACAGCAUGUGACUCACUGUAAAUAUGACCUAGGAUUUAUGACGUUACUACAGAAGCCCCACUCCCUAUUAUUGUGUUUAGGCAUAGUAACAGUGUCACGCAAUGCACCAUGGAAGUGGAUCGCAGAAUAUGCAACGACAGCUCCAAAGAUCCAAGUCUGUCAGCGGGUCUGAAGCAGAGGAGUCGCAACAGCAGCCGCCAAACAUGGCAACGACGCAGCAGCAAGCUACAGUUAACCACCCUCAAUCACCCGUGACCACGUUUUCCUCUGCUGCCAGCCCUUCAGCGCCUCAAUCGCCCAAUUAUCAAAUAAUCAUGAGUCGUAGCCCAGUCACAGGCCAGAACAUGAACAUCACUUUACAAAAUGUGGGACAGAUGGUUACUGGUAACCAGCAGAUCACCCUUACUCCACUCCCAAUACAGAACCCAGCAUCCCCUGGCUUCCAGCAUACUACACCUCAGUGGAGGUUUGAGCAUGCACCAUCCUCCUAUAUCCAGGUAACCUCACCUGUGCCCCAAACCUUGCAGCCCCAAAGCCCCACCCAGCACAGCCCAGUCCCUCUGCAAGGAGUAUCUAGACCAGGAGCACCCACAGCAGCAUUGGGUGUGUGUGGACAGAGUCCAACACGAUUUGUUGACGCUGGUAUGUUAGUGCGACAAAUCAGUUUAAGCAGUCCAUCAGGAAGUGGCCACUUUGUUUACCAGGAUGGGACGGGAUUGGCUCAGAUUGCCCCUGCCACACCAGGCCAGGUACAGCUGGCCUCUGCAGGAGCACCAGGCUCUGUGAGGGAACGCCGUCUCUCUCAGCCUCACUCACAGACUGGAGGCACCAUCCACCACCAUGGACCUCAAAGUCCAGUGGCCACUGGAGCAGUUCUCCCCACACUGGGGAGCCCUGGUCACAUUACCACUUCCAACCUACCUCCACAGAUCAGCAGUAUCAUUCAAGGACAGCUGGCACGCCCUAUGAUAUUUGAGAAGACAACACAGGGUAUGGUAGCUGGAGUCGGUACCACUGCCACAGCAACUUUCAGUAUACCCUCCUCCAUUCCAUCUUCUAGCCCAUCCCUCACCAGUCAACCCCAGGGGAUCGCCAACAAUCCACUUGCAACCACCAGCAUCUCUGUGGGCACCUUGAAGAAGCAACUUCCCAAGAAAUUAGAGGAAAUUGCUCCUUCUACACCAGAGAUUGCCCAGCUGAGGAAACAGUUCUUGGAGCACCACAACAAGAAGAUGGAUAACCUAAAGGAAGUGUUCAAAGAAUAUCUGAUCGAGCUUUUCUUUCUGCAACACCUCCAAGGGAACAUGAUGGACUACGUAGCUUUUAAGAAGAAGCCCUGUGUUCCCUUGUAUACUUACUUGAGACAGAACGACCUGGACCUUGAAGAUGAAGAGGAGGAAGAAGAGCAGUCGGAGGUCAUUAAUGAUGAGGUAAAGGUUGGUACAGGAAAGGAUGGCCAAGCAGUUACACCAGUUGCCAUAGCAACCCAGCUGCCUGCGAACGUCUCUGCAGCUUUCUCCACCCCACAGCAGUUUCAGGGACAUCAAACUAUUGCUGGCACCAUGGCAAACCCAGGAGACAUGGAGGCCUUUAAGAGGCAACAGGCUAUGGGGCAAGCAGGCGGGAUGCCGCCUUCUCCUCAAGUGGUCCAGAUUGCAGGACAGAAGCAGAACCAGCCGCAGUAUGACCAUUCCAAAGGACCUCCAGUGCAGAACGCAGCCAGCCUGCACACCCCGCCUCCCCAGCUGCCGAGCAGGUUACCCGGAGGUGGCCUCCCAAUGGCAGGCCUGUCCAUGACGCUCUCUCAGCAGGCUCAGUUAGUGGAGAAUACAGCUCAGCCUGGUGGUCACCUUCAGGCACAGGUGAAGAUGCAGGCAGGUGGGCCUGUCCUUGGUACAGUUAACCCCCACACCCAGCUCCAGGCCCAGCUGCAGCAGCAGAUGCAGCCUGGUCUUCAUCUUCAGUUGCAACCUCAGCAGCAACAAUCCCAGGCCAUACUACAGUCAGGACAAGCGACGGUGGCACUAGCUCGACCAGGUGCAGAGUCAAACCAGCCAGUUCAGAGGAUAAUGACCAACUCUAUAUCCAUGACAACCAUUUCUCCUGCUCCCCUCUCUACUCCCAACUCUGUUACUACCCCCAACACUGCAAGUCCUCUCCGUCCUCUUGGCCCUAACAUUAACCCAACCACGCAGUCUAAACUGACUGGAACCAAUGGUAUAUCUGCUGUAAAAAUAGUUGGCUUUGGUCAAACAGCGACUAUGCAGUCGUCACAGGAGGGUUCUCAGGAUAAGCAAGUUGAACAAGCUAAACUGGAGAGUCAAGUGCAUCAACGCAUCUCUGAGCUAAGGAAGGAGGGCCAGUGGUCAGCCAGUCGACUUCCCAAGCUUGUGGAAGCCACGCGUCCAAAGUCCCACUGGGACUACCUCCUGGAGGAGAUGCAGUGGAUGGCAGCUGACUUUGCCCAGGAGAGAAGAUGGAAAGAGGCUGCUGCUAAAAAGCUUGUCCGCACAUGUGCCCGUUACCAUCAAGAGCAGAAGAAAAGUGAAGAGAGGUCAAAGGAAGAAAGGGAACUCCAUCUUCGUCACAUUGCUAGCACAAUUGCCAGAGAGGUGGAAUUCUUCUGGUCCAACAUUGAGCAGGUUGUGGAAAUUAAACUCCAGUUUGAAAUUUACGAGAAGAGGCUCAAAACACUCAGCUUAAAAAAAGCCCCGGCUAAAGCAUUAGGUCAGUCGACUGGAGAGAACAUUGAUAAAGAGGAGGCGGCCACAUCAACAAAGAAAAGAAAAUUAAAUGUGUCCUUGUUUGAUGAAGAAGUGCCUGAUGAAGUGAGCACCAUAGAGGAACAGGAGGCAAUGGAAGGAGAAGCAGACCACAAGUCAGAGUUGGUUGACCUUGCAAAAAAUGCUGAGAUUCCUCUGGACGCUUUGAUGAAGCAGUAUGCCGGUGCCUAUGCUGACAGCUUUGAGUGGCCUCGGUCAAGUACAAGUCCUAGUGAUGAGGAAGACAUGGAGGAGACCGAAGAAACGGAGAGUCCUGUGGGGAGUCCACCUGAAGCUGUGUUGAUUGACUCGCUGCUGAGCGUGGAUCAGUACCGUGGAGCUGACAAAGCCACUUCCUGUGGCACGAGUGGGAAACCUGCCAGAGACAUUGCAGAAGUGGCUGCAGCCACAGAGCUCAUCCUACCUAAAGGCAGCUUCAGGACCACCUCUUCAUCCCGCAGCCAAGCUCCUUUUCUUCUUCAUGGGUCACUACGAGAGUAUCAGCAAAUCGGUGUGGACUGGAUGGUAAACCUUCACAAGAAGCACCUCAAUGGAAUUCUUGCUGAUGAGACGGGUCUUGGCAAGACUGUACAGACAGUGGCUUACAUGGCCCACUUAGCUGGCCAAGAGGGCAUCUGGGGACCCCACCUUGUUGUGGUGAGAACAUGCAAGUUGCUAAAUUGGGAGGUGGAGUUUAAGCGUUGGUGCCCCGGCCUGAAGAUCCUCCUGUACCUCGGCAACAGAAGGGAGCGCAGAUCCAAGAGAAUGUGGUGGGGGGAAGCGAACAGCUUCCAUGUAUGUGUGACAUCCUACAAGCUGCUUAUAAAAGACCAGAGUCAUUUUCUGAGGAGAAGGUGGAGGCACCUGGUCCUGGAUGAGGUGCAGCUAAUUAAAAACAUGACUGAGAAACACUGGGAAACUGUCUUUGCUCUCAGGAGUGAGCAGAGGAUUCUUCUCAUCAACACUCCUCUGCAGAAUACUCUGAAGGAGCUGUGGACCAUGAUCCACUUCCUUCUACCAGGAAUCACCAGGUCCUACUCUGACUUCCCUGUUAAGGCAGGAACAGACCAGAACCAGGACUACUGCCACAAACUGGUCAUUCGCCUGCAUAGGAUGAUCCAGCCGUUCAUCCUGAGACGUUCCAAAAGGGAUGUGGAAAAACAACUGCCCAAGAAGUACGAGCACAUCCUAAAGUGCCGUCUCUCCAACAGACAGAAAAGUCUUUAUGAGGAUAUCCUCACUCAACCAGGAGCUCAGGAAGCACUGAAGACAGGUCAUUUUGUCAGCGUGCUUCAGGUUUUGAUGCAGUUACAGCGAGUGUGUAACCACCCUGAGCUGGUAGUUCCCAGAGAAACCAGAAGCUCCUACUUCAGGUCCUCUCUGAAGUUCAGCGUCCCAUCAUUGGUGCUAGGAGCUCUACAGAAUGACUUAAAUAAGACUGUGAACCUGUCCAUAUUUGAUCUGAUCAAUAAUGAGAGCACACUGAGUCGGUAUCAGACUGAGGAGGUGGUACCGAAACUGAAAGUCACUCAGCAGCUCAUAGAGGAGAUCUACACGGCUCCAGAUCCUCCACCACGACCCAAACAAUGUCCGAUAAAACCCAUGAGAUUAUUCCAGCCAGUGCAGUAUGGGACAAAGCCAGAAGGUCGCCUUGCUGCCAUCACAAGUGCAGCAGGCCAGCGUCCACUGAGUUCCCCCACUGCUACCUCUGCCUCCACCACCAGCCAAUCGGCACAGAGCAGGGGCAAGCCCCCAAUCACAACUGCAACUACUACCCCCACUUCUCAUGCGGUCGGAACGGCUUCUCAGAGAGCCCAGACUACCCCUCCAAUCAGCAUCAGCAGCAACUCUGCCACCUCCACUGUAGUCUCCUCUGGGAACAGUGGCGUUGGGCAACAUGUGUUGGGGGCUGCCCCUGUGGCUUUGGGCCAGACCUUAACUGGCGCAGUUGUGGGAUCUGUAGCUCCCAUCACCCAGCCUGGAUUAGCACAGGUCCCCAGGCCAGCUCUAGCCCCCAGCCAUGCCAUCCAGCCCAGCUUACUGUCCCAGAGGCUGGUUCUUACAUCCCAGGCCCAGGCACGGUUGCCUAGUGGAGAUGUGGUGAAGAUUGCUCAGCUGGCGAACAUAGCAGGCAGUCAGAAUCGUAUCUCCCAGCCAGAGACUCCUGUCACUCUGCAGUUUCAGGGCAACAAGUUCACAUUGUCCCCGAGCCAGCUCCGCCAGCUCACCACCGGACAGCCUUUGCAGCUCCAAGGUACACUCGGAAACAUCCUGCAGAUUGUGUCGGCUCCAGGUCAGCAGAUCAUCAGGCCCCAGGGAUCCAUGGUAAUGCAGACCAUACCACAAGCUGUUCCUGCUUCCAAUGCCUCAUCUUCCCCUGGGGCUCCUCACCCUGGCCUGACAACAGCCCAACAAGCAACGGGUGUGACUACAAAUGCCACAUCAGCCCCCAACAAGCUCACUCCUGCAGCUCAUGCUGGCUCUCAAGAGUCCUCAGAAGAAAAGACUCAGCAGCUGAAGGAGCGUUUAAGUCGCCUGUUUGAAGCAAAUGAGCGACGCUGCAGCCGCAGAGUAUUGUAUGGGACAGACCUGCUGCAGGCGUGUACUCUGACCUCAGAGCCAGGUCACUCUGCCCUUACAGCGGGAGGCUGGAGGUGGGUGGGCAGAGAGAGCUGCCUCAGGGCUCAGAGAACCUGCAUAGCUACCACCUCUACACUGCGGUCCACUCUGAUCUCUGUGGAGGACCGACUGGAGGCUGCCAACAGCCUUAUCAAGAGGUUGGUAUGUGUGGUGCCUCCAGCUGCUGCUCCCCCACCUCAACUGUAUGCAGUCAAUCCCCCGGUUCCCUACAGCCUCGAGCAUAAGUCUCUUUGCUGUCGGCUAAAAGAGGCCUCUGCCCCCCACAGUGCCGAUGUCCAUCACUUAACGUCCAGGCGUCUCCUUCCUUCCCCUGAUAUGCAGAUAAUGCAGAUGGACUCAGGUAAACUUGAAGCUCUUGCCAUUCUGCUGCAGAAGCUUAGGUCAGAGAGCCGGCGUGUCCUCAUCUUCACUCAGAUGGUGAAGAUGUUAGACAUCCUGGAGGCGUUCCUCGAUCACAGGCAGCUCACCUAUGUGCGGCUUGAUGAAAGCUUCACUCCUGACGAACGACAGGAGAAUAUGAAGAAGUUUAACAGGAACAGGCAGGUUUUCUGUAGCAUCCUGACCAACCGCUGCUGCUCUGCAGUCGGGACAGUGUUUGAUGCAGAUACCAUCAUCUUCUAUGACACGGACCUCAAUCCCAGCAUGGACGUCCGCACCCAGGAGUGGUGUGACAAAAUAGGACGGUCCAAGGAUAUACACAUAUACAGGUUGGAGAGUGGAAAUUCGAUCGAAGAGAAGUUGUUAAAAAACGGCACCAAGGACCUGAUCAGAGAGGUGGCUGCUCAGGGAACUGACUACACCUUGGCAUUCCUCACACAACGGACAAUCCAGGAUCUGUUUGAGGUGGAGGCAGGGUCAGGGGAGAAAGUGGAGGAGUUUGUGGUUCUUCACCAAGAGCCCUCGGCCUCUGAAGCCAUUUCUCCCAGAGUGGCAAGACCCUACAUCCAGGCUCUCCACAGCAUAAAUCUAGAGGCUCUGCCAGAGGAGGAGAAGCAGCAGCAGCAGCAGCAAGAGGAGGAGUUAGCAGGCAAAGACUCAGCAGAAGACAACCAAGAGUCCGAGAUCCAAGCUAAAGAAGAGCCUGCUCAGAUUGAGGAACUAAAUGCAGUUAUGGAACAGCUCACACCAAUUGAACGGUAUGCCCUACAUUACCUUGAGUACCUCCACAUCAGUGAUGAUGAAGCUGCUCUCAAGGAGCGGUUGGAGAGCUCUAAGAGAGGCUGGGAGCUGCAGCAGGUGCAGAAGCUGAAAGAGGAGGCGGUGGAGGAGGAGGAGCGGCAGCUGAUGGAGGGAGAUGAAGAGCUCUUCACCUACACCAGAGAGGAUGCCUACAACAUGGAGUAUGUUUUUGAUGCAGAGGAUGGACAUACAGAAAUAAUGCCGCUCUGGACUCCACCUACACCUCCACAGGAUGACAACGACAUUUACAUCGACUCUGUAAUGAUGCUGAUGUAUGACACCACACCCAUGCCAGAGUCCAAGCUGCCUCCUGUCUACAUUCGGAAGGAGCACAAGAGACUCAAGAUGGAUCCUUCAGCAGCUGCUAGAAAGAAGAAGAAAGGCCACGGGGAGACGGUCAUUCCCCCACGCUCCCUUUUCGAAAAGGCCAGUAUGCUGAAAGUUCGCCGUGAGGGCAAGGACCAGAAAAAGAACUUCUCCCUCAAGCAGCAGGCACCGUUUGCCAAGCCGUUACCGUCACUUGUUAAACCUGUUAUGGAGGCCGGCCAGGACAACCCAGAGUGGCUCAUCAGUGAGGACUGGGCUCUGCUUCAGGCCGUAAAGCAGCUACUGGAGUUGCCGCUGAACCUGACGAUUGUGUCUCCUGCCCACACUCCUAACUGGGAUCUGGUGAGCGAUGUAGUGAACUCUUGCAGCCGCAUCUACCGCUCGCCCAAACAGUGUCGCAACCGCUACGAGAAUGUCAUCAUUCCCAGAGAGGAGGGCAAGUUGGUGUAUGAGGCAAACCCCAAGAAGAAAACCAAGAGCAUAUACAAGUCCAAGAACAGUCGUCCUCUAAGGACCUGUCAGAUCUAUACACAGGACGACAAUGCAACUCACAUUCAGCUCUACAACAGCCGCUUUGAACUCAUGAAGAUCAUCGCCAGUAAGAGGAGUCCGCCAAUAAAACCACUACUCGGAAUGAAUCCAUUCCAGAAGAAUCCCAAACAUGCAUCAGUCUUGGCAGAAAGUGGGAUCAGCUACGACAAGCCUCUCCCACCCAUUCAGGUCGCAUCUCAACGUGCUGAGAGGAUUGCCAAGGAGAAAAAGGCCCUUGCAGAGCAGCAGAAGGCUCAGCAAUUGGCACAGCAGACAACUGGAGCUCCUCAGGCCCAGGCUGCACCCGGUCUGGCCGGGACUGCUGCUGCUGGCGGGACUCAGGCUCUGGUCCCCCAGGCUGCUGCAGUGGCCGGAGCCACAACUGUGCCAAAUGCAGCAGUUCUGGCUGGAGCCAUCAAAAACGCCACCAUAGGCACAACCCUUCAGGCCGCCACCGUAGGGGGGAAUGUGAUUGUGAACACAGUAGCUGGAGUUCCUCCAAGUCCCUUCCAGGCCAACAAACGCCUGGCAUCUCCAGCCAUACCAGGCACCCUGUCUCCUGCCAGUGCACCUGGAGCCCAGUUGGUCCACGCUCAGCAAAGAGCUGUCACGGCUGCUCCUGCAGAAGUAGUCGCCAUAGCAACAGGCCAGGGUGUUCGAGCCGUUACCCCAGUGACAGCAUCUGCUGUAGUUUCUACCACUCUGAGCCCAGUGCAGACACAGACUCGCCCGUUGGUCGCUCAGGUGACACCAGCCCCAGGUAUGCAACUGCCGCAAGGAAAGUCUCUCACCACAGCCCACCUGCAGAUGCUCCGUCAGCAGCAGCAGCUGCAGCAGCAGCAGGCUGCUUCCCCACAGAUUAAAGCUGCGGGAAAACCUCAGGAGCUGCUGAAGAUGCACAAGCAUAAAUUGCAGCAGCAUGUGGCCGCAGCAGUUGCAGCAGCAACUCAGGGCCAACAAGCUGCAGGGGCCCAGCAGGCCGCCCAGGUUCAGCCUGGGCAGGCCGCCCAAGCCAAUCCUCAGCUAGCAGCUGUGGCAGCGGCCAGACCUGGAGCAGUACUGACUGGCACCACUGUGGCAAACCUGCAGGUGGCUAGACUGACACGAGUGCCCACCCAGGGUCAGAUUCAGGCCCAGGCAGGACAGACGGCCCAAGUGACCCUCACCAAGCCUCCUGUGGUCUCGGUGCCAGCUGUGGUUUCAUCAGCUGGUGUCACUACACUGCCAGUCACCGUCGCAGGCAUCAGUGUGGCUAUUGGCCAGGCCCAGAAAACAGGUGGACCGGUCCUGACGCCGUCCUUCCCCCAGAUGCAGGUCCAGCAGCUGCUUCAGAUGAAGAAGCAGCAGCAGCAGGCGGCGGUUCAGGCCGCAGCCGCCGCUCAGCAGAAAGCAGGGCAGCCUCAGCAAGGACAGGCCACUGUGCAGCAGAAGGUGACGGUGCAGGCAGCUCAGCCAGCCCAGCAGGCGCAGCAGAAGGUGACCUACGCUGCCACGACCCAACUCCAACCAGGGAUCAAGACCCAGUUCUUUACAUCUAUCGCCCAGGCUCAGAAGCCCACUGGAGCCCAACAGAUCCAGGUGGCUAAGCUCCCACAAAUAGUGCAGCAGCAGCCCACUGUUGCUAAUAUUCAACAAAUCGUGUCUUCUCCUCAGCAGAUCCAGGCUCAGACAGUGACUCUGACCCAGGCCGCCACAUCAGCUCCUGCUCAGGUGCAGAUGAUUCCCGCUGGGACGGCGACAGCGCAGGUGGUCCAACAAAAGAUCCUCCAGCAGCAGGUGGUGACCACAGCCGCCUCGCCGCAGAUCCAGACGCCUCCCUCCCACAGCCCUGCACAGCAGCCUGCUGCCUCGGCUGCAGAGUCUCCUGCACAGCAACCAGCUCAGCCCCAACAACCCACCAAGGGUCAAGCUCGACAGGGGGGCAUCAGGGCCAAAACUCCUGCCAAACCCAGCAGCUAGGAGAGUCACACUGAUGAAACUGGAUUUGUCAGUGUUUUUUUUGCAGUACACACAUUACAGUACAGUUGUGCUGAAGCAUUCUUCUGCAUCUCACAGCAGCUGAGGGCAGAAUCAGACGUUCCUCCACACUGAAACCAAACCAGACCUUAAAUCUUAACCUGAGCGAGGCUCGACACAACAUAACUCAUUUCACCUAAACAGUUAGGGCAGAUCAGUCUCUGCUCUUCUGGUGAGAUUUAUAAUUUUUCAUUACUGAAUCAACAAUGUUGAUGUUGUCUUUAUUUGAUCCAUGAAUUGUGGAAUGUUUCUUGAAAUUUGUAUAACUUAAAAAAAAAAAAAUCCCCUACAGCUGCGACCCAGCUCAUCAAACGACAGACACAAAGUGAUGCCUUCAAUGUGAUGAUCCAAAUGUUACUCAGCAGAUAUGAGGCUGAGGUUUGUGGGUAUUUCAGAGUCGGGGAAAUGAGCUGUCCAUUAGAAUAAGUGUAUUCAUAAAUAGUCCCUUUUAUGUCUAAUUCCCUUGUUGUCUAUAGAUAGAUGAAUGGAGAAUAAUGCACGUUCCUUUAGUCAUUUGUUUUUUAUUGCAGCAAAUACACUGUAAACAUGUACUUUAGUAUUUUGUGUUUUCUCAUAAAUUGUCUUUUUUUAUUGAUGUCAAAGGAAAAAUGUAAAUAUCAACAAAAACAUUUGUACUUGUAAAGUAGUUGUGUUUUCAUUGGGUUUUUUCAGCUAAUUGUAAUAAAGUGUUUUGUUUUUAUACACAAAUUCAUCUUUUUUCCCCCUUUUUCUUUUUGCAUUAAAUCCGUUGUAAGUA